GAUGCGCGGAGGAGCGCUGCAGGUGUUCCACGGUCAUAAUUAAACGAAAACAAUCUCCCGCCCAUGUGGAAAGUGAACUUGCUACGCUGAGAGUGAAACAUCAAAAGUCGACGUGUCGGCUAUUUAGAUGCUCUGUUAUCCAACAUGAACAGCAGUGGACCAGCAUAUCCACUAGCCUCUUUGUAUGUAGGGGACCUGCACCCCGAUGUUACAGAGGCCAUGCUCUACCAGAAGUUUUCUCCUGCUGGACCCAUCAUGUCAAUCCGUGUGUGCCGAGACAUCAUCACCCGCAGAUCUCUGGGAUAUGCCUACAUAAACUUCCAGCAACCAGCUGAUGCGGAGUGUGCCCUCGAUACAAUGAACUAUGACGUUAUAAAGGGUCGGCCAAUCCGAAUAAUGUGGUCUCAGCGUGACCCAGGACUCAGGAAGUCUGGUGUGGGUAACAUCUUUAUCAAGAACAUGGAUGAGUCUAUUGACAACAAGGCACUGUAUGAUACCUUCUCGGCCUUUGGCAAUAUUUUGUCCUGCAAGGUUGUUUGUGAUGACAAAGGAUCCAAAGGCUAUGGCUUUGUUCACUUUGAGACUCAGGAGGCUGCAAACCGGGCCAUUGAAACCAUGAAUGGGAUGCUGCUGAAUGAUAGGAAAGUUCGAAAGACAGGUAUACGUCAUUUGGAAUCUGGCAUUGUCAACCCAAAGGCCCAUUUCCUGGGAGAAAAAUGUCAGUUGUCCCUGCUUAGUUUUGUUGGCCACUUCAAGUCUCGCAAGGAAAGAGAGGUGGAGUUUGGCACCAAAGCUAUGAAGUUCACCAACGUCUACAUCAAAAACUUUGGUGAAGACUACAGUGAUGAGAAACUCAAGGAAGUCUUUUCUACAUUUGGACGGACUCUCAGUGUGCGGGUGAUGAAGGAUGAGAGGGGGCGAUCACGAGGAUUUGGCUUUGUAAACUAUGCUAACCACGUAGAUGCUCAGAAGGCAGUUGAUGAAAUGAAUGGGAAGGAGAUCAAUGGGAAAAUCAUCUAUGCAGGGCGGGCUCAGAAGCGUCUGGAACGCCAGGGAGAGCUCAAACGCAAGUUUGACCAGAUCAAACAAGACCGCAUCCAGCGCUAUCAGGGGGUGAAUCUCUAUGUAAAGAACUUGGAUGAUAGCAUAGAUGACGAGAGACUCCGGAAGGAGUUUGCCCCUUAUGGCACCAUCACCAGUGCUAAGGUGAUGACAGAUGGCUCCCAAAGCAAGGGCUUUGGCUUUGUCUGUUUCUCUUCACCAGAAGAAGCAACAAAAGCGGUGACGGAAAUGAACGGGAGAAUUGUUGCAACCAAGCCACUGUACGUGGCUCUGGCUCAGCGGAGGGAGGAGCGUAAAGCAAUCCUUACCAACAAGUACAUGCAGAGACUUGCUACCCUGAGGACCAUGACAAGUCCAAUCAUUGAUUCAUACCAGCAGGCCGGAUACUACAUGACUGUACCGCAGCCUCCCACUCGCUCCUUCUACAACCACAAUGCUGUCAGCAACAUGAGGCCAGUACCUCGCUGGACAGGACAACCACCGAGACCACAGGGCCCUUACUCGAACCAGUUUGUUGGUAAUUCUGUUGCUCGACGUGGAUCAACAGCCAUCGCUACAGUCAGACAGGCUUCCACCCAGGCUCCACGUAUUGUCAGUUCUACACAGAAGACAAAUAACAUUGGGACUCAAACUAUAGGAGGACGUACAGACGUGCCAGGUGUGAUCAGAAGCAGCCAGUACAAGUACUCGUCUGCAGUGAGGAACCCUCAGCAGGUCAUUACUGUACCUGCACCCAUGACCAGACUACAGGUUGUUCCAGCCCCAGUGAUGGAGCCACCACUGCACGUUCACGGCAAAGAGCCACUCACUGCCUCUAUGCUGGCCGCAGCUCCACUAGUGGAUCAGAAGCAGCUUCUUGGCGAGCGUUUGUACCCACUCAUCCACGCAAUUCACCCAAACUUGGCUGGAAAAAUCACCGGGAUGCUGCUGGAGAUCGACAACUCGGAGCUGCUGCACAUGCUGGAGUCGCCCGGGUCUCUGCACUCAAAGGUUGACGAGGCGAUUGCUGUCCUGCAGGCUCACCAGGCGAAGGAAUGCUCUGCUAAGAAGUGAAGAGCCCUUUCAGAUGUCAACUUUCUGGAGAAAGAAAAAAAAUUACUGUAAAAUUUUGGAAAAAAAAGAAAAAAUGUUCUAUGUGGAUUAAAUUGAGGGUGAAGAGAGAGCAAUUUUGUUGUUGCGAUACCUUUUGUUAGAAGAUAAAGUUUACAGUGUCUGCAUUAAA